GGGCCGGGCGCGGGGGGGAGAGCGAGCGGACGGCUGCCGCGCGGGAGGCCGAGGGAGGGGCGGCGGCGCGAGCGGCGGCGGCGGCGGCGGCGGCGGUUCCAGCAUGAAGAGGAGAGCUGGCCUGGGGGGCAGCAUGAGGUCAGUGGUGGGCUUCUUGUCCCAGCGGGGCUUGCAUGGGGACCCCCUGCUCACUCAGGACUUUCAGAGGAGACGCCUGCGGGGCUGCAGAAACCUCUACAAGAAGGACCUCCUGGGCCACUUCGGCUGUGUCAAUGCCAUUGAAUUCUCCAACAAUGGAGGCCAGUGGCUGGUCUCAGGAGGAGACGACCGCCGGGUUCUGCUUUGGCACAUGGAGCAAGCCAUCCACUCCAGGGUCAAGCCCAUCCAGCUGAAAGGGGAACAUCAUUCCAACAUUUUUUGCCUGGCGUUCAACAGUGGAAACACCAAAGUGUUCUCUGGAGGAAACGAUGAGCAAGUUAUCCUCCAUGAUGUUGAAAGCAGUGAGACCUUGGACGUGUUCGCGCAUGAAGAUGCAGUGUAUGGCUUGUCGGUGAGCCCAGUGAAUGACAACAUUUUCGCGAGCUCCUCAGACGAUGGCCGGGUUCUCAUCUGGGACAUCCGGGAAUCUCCCCAUGGAGAGCCCUUCUGCCUGGCAAACUAUCCAUCAGCCUUUCACAGUGUCAUGUUCAACCCUGUGGAGCCCAGGUUGUUGGCGACAGCCAAUUCGAAGGAAGGAGUGGGACUCUGGGAUAUUCGGAAGCCUCAGAGCUCGCUGCUGCGCUAUGGUGGCAACCUGUCCCUCCAGAGUGCCAUGAGUGUGCGAUUCAACAGCAACGGGACCCAGCUCCUGGCCCUGAGGCGUCGCCUGCCCCCGGUACUCUAUGACAUCCACUCCCGCCUACCCGUGUUCCAGUUUGACAAUCAGGGUUACUUUAACUCGUGCACCAUGAAAAGCUGCUGUUUUGCAGGAGACCGUGACCAGUAUAUCCUCUCAGGCUCGGAUGACUUCAACCUGUAUAUGUGGAGAAUUCCUGCGGAUCCAGAAGCAGGUGGCAUUGGUAGGGUGGUCAACGGAGCCUUCAUGGUGCUGAAGGGACAUCGUUCUAUUGUCAACCAGGUUCGCUUCAAUCCCCACACCUACAUGAUCUGCUCUUCCGGUGUAGAGAAGAUUAUCAAGAUCUGGAGCCCGUAUAAGCAGCCAGGGUGUACCGGAGACCUGGACGGUCGGAUCGAGGAUGACUCCCGCUGCCUCUAUACCCACGAAGAGUACAUCAGCCUAGUGCUGAACAGCGGGAGUGGCCUGUCGCACGACUACGCCAACCAGUCGGUGCAGGAGGACCCGCGCAUGAUGGCCUUCUUCGACUCCCUGGUACGCCGGGAGAUCGAGGGCUGGAGCUCCGAUUCAGACAGUGACCUCAGCGAGAGCACCAUCCUGCAGCUACACGCUGGGGUCAGCGAGCGCUCGGGCUACACGGACUCCGAGUCUUCGGCCUCACUGCCCCGCUCCCCACCUCCCACAGUAGAUGAGUCUGCCGACAACGCCUUCCACCUGGGGUCCCUACGGGUCCCUGCCACCAACACAGUGGCUUCUACUCCUCCGACCUCCACGUGUGAGGAUGCGGCCUCACGCCAGCAGCGCCUGUCUGCCCUACGGCGCUACCAGGACAAGCGCCUCCUGGCCCUUUCCAACGAGUCCGACUCUGAAGAGAACGCCUGCGAGGUUGAACUGGACACAGACCUCUUCCCUCGGCCCCGCUCACCCAGCCCUGAGGACGAGUCCAGCAGCUCCAGCAGCUCCAGCAGCUCUGAGGACGAGGAGGAGCUGAAUGAGCGCCGGGCCUCCACCCGGCAGCGGAACGCCAUGCGGCGCCGGCAGAAGGCACUGCGGGAGGAGAGGCCCGGGGCUCCUGUCAAGCCCACUCCCACCUACAUCGGAGAAGACAACUACGAUUACCCCCAGAUCAAAGUGGACGACCUCUCUUCCUCCCCCGCCUCCUCCCCUGAGCGGGGCACAGCCACUCUGGAGAGCCAGCAGAGCCGUACAUCCCCAACCUCUGACAUGGAGUCCGUGGAGAGAAAGAUUUACAAAGCUUACAAGUGGCUCCGCUAUUCCUACAUCUCUUACUCAAAUAACAAAGAUGGAGAACCGUCCCUGGGAGUGGGGGAGGCUGAAGAAGGGAGUGCGGGAACCAGCCACAGCAAGGACAGCCCAGCCCCUUCUUCCAGUAAAGAUGCCUGUCUGCCUUCAGUCCUGGCCCAGAGGAACCAGGACCUGCCCCCUGAAGGCUGCAGCAAGGAUGUCUGUAAGGAGGGGACUUCGAGAAAUCCCAGCAGCAGCCCAGGCCACGAGCACAGCGGCCCCCCUUGUGCUGAGGCCCAGGAGGGCACCUCCCAGGACACCACCAACAGUGGCGCUGUAGAACACACUUUUGAGUCCAAGAAGCUCAAUGGGAAGGCCCUGAGCAAGGCCCUGAGCAGCCGGGCCGAGGAGCCGUCCUCUCCUCCUGUCCCCAAAACAUCGGGCUCCAAUCUGAGCAGUGGGCAUGGCAGCUGUCCUAGGACCCAGUCUGACGACAGUGAGGACAGGAGUCUCGACACCAUCUGUGCCAACCACAACAAUGGCUGCUUACACCCCAGGCCCCCUCACCCCCACAACAACGGGCAGAACCUGGGGGAGCUGGAGGCUGCAGCCUACGCUUCCCCGGCACAUUCAGACACUGACCGUGAUAACUCAUCCCUGGCGGGGACGCUCCUACACAAGGAUUGUUGUGGGUCUGAAAUGGCCUGUGAAACCCCCAGUGCUGGAGCGAAAGAGGACCCCUCUGACCCCGCAGCCCCAGACGGCAGCAGGGCUGUUCAUGGCCACAGUGGCCUGAAAAGGCACCGAGUUGAAUUGGAAGAUACAGAUUCAGAGAAUUCCUCCUCAGAGAAGAAAUUAAAAACAUGACAAACACAAAGGGAAGACAAAAAGCUACAAAGAGUAGCCUUAUUAAAAAAAAAAAUGUCUUGUUUAGUGAACACAGAGGAAAGGAAAAAAAAGUAUUAAAGGCACAUAAAACCAGG